AUGGAUGAGAAUUCUUUGUCAUCUUUGUUUUGCGAAGGGACGCCAGGUGCUGAUGCGACUCCCGAGCAGCGCAACGAACCGGAACCUCAAGAGUCGCAAGAACCUCCAAAGAAUGGCAACUUGCCUCACUAUGUGCAAGAUCCCGUGGUACUUCUACCUCUUACAAAUGCCUCGCACAGACCAACUUCUACUUUGAAACUAGAGUAUACUGCUAGUCUGCCUGAGUAUCCCGAAACGGACCCUUAUGGCUUUACCUAUGUUGUUUACGUGGGUGGUCAAGAUACGAGCUCCAUCUCAAAAUUGAUGCAUGAGUUUUUUCAAGUCCCUUCAGUUACAAUUCCAGAAUGGCUAUGCUUGUCCACGACCCAGACCGGACUGCAGGCCACAGAUUUACCAACCCGAUGCGGUAUGCCUCCGACUCCGAGUCCCUUCCAGGACGUGCAAGGGCAAACGGAUCCAUGUAUCCGAUGUGUCAACUCUCCCAGCGAUCCGAGCGGUCAUUAUUGGAAACGCGUGCAUGAGAUUCCGAGCUUUGAUCUUAAAACCGCACAGGAGGUCUUCGGGCUAGAUGCAUCCUUGUAUCUGGAUAAUUGUGAUAUGGUUUACUCGACAACCACCCGCCUCACCAGUUGCAAAAUACCUCAUUUGCCAGGGGCUGGAAAGCUCCAAGAGCAACCUUGUGAUGUCAUCUUUCAAGUCAUGAUCCCUUAUGACAUCCAGGCUCGUCCAUACAUUUUGUUCGUCUCUCAUGGCGUUCACCAGCAUAUGCCGCCAAUGCCGGUCCGUGCUCCACCGUUGCUCACUGAGAGAACCAUCCAACUCAUUGCCAAGACAAAGUCUUCUAACAAUAAGUUGCCUGCGUUCCUGAAACCGCCUGCAAUUGAAGCGUCUUGCGCGGCCGAAUACAGUGAUCUCAGUAUCUCAGAUAUCCGUAAACGGAUUACAACUGGGAAUCCCUUGACGGCUGCUUUGGAGAGACAGAAAUUACUCCGGUAUUUAGGGACACACUAUUACCUUACUACUCUAUUAGAGCUAGACCGAGACGAUUCAGCCAAGGAAUAUAUCCAAGAAGUGCACCAAGAUAACGAUGGGGUGAUGAUCAUCUGCGCCCUGAAGGAGCAAUUAGACAUUCUCCUGUCUGCGAAAGAAUUCGAGGUACAUAUCAAGGCGAGACAACUAAGGCAGGACAAACUGUAUGAGGUGGUAUUUGCGGUAUGCCAGGAAGCGGGUGGCUUUGGUCAAAUGGCACUGCCAUUGGAUAUGACAGAUCGAUUUGCUUCCAUCAUAUUCAUCGUUCUGGGUAUCGGUCAGUUCUCAUUGAUAUGGAGCGAGACCUCUAUACUGCCACACUUCUUGAAGACUGUCACUGAGGUGGUGGGGACCCGAGUUAGCAACGUAAUGCUGUGGGAUCAAAUGGCUGGUAUCAUGGACUGCUCGUCGAAGCAGCAGUUUGAGAGGAUGUCGGAGCUCUUGAUUGGUACUUCUUCAUCUGGGUCUCGGACUCUGUGUUGGAUGCUAACUGUUGAUUUAGGGUCUACCAACGAGAAAGUUGCGCAAUGGGCUCAGAAUACAAAAGACCCCGUCAUUGCUGCUGGACUAAAUGUUCACUUUUCGUCGAUGCCUUCAGCGCUUUAUAUUUCAUUCCGGCGAAGAAAGACUGCUGCAGAAGAAAUGCACAUCGGUGACCAUCUGCAACAUAUCCGGUCGUUGCUGCCAACCAUAAAAUGGUCGUGGAACGAGGACAAGACGAUUAUGGGCCGUUACCAAAGCUGUGUCACGGCCGGACGGCCGCCUGCUCCCGAACCAACGAUCAUCAGCUAUCCUGCGAACCCUCCACAACCUCAAGCUCCUCCACAACGAACAACCAUUCCACCACCAGCAGCAACCCCGCAGUCAACGACCCUUCCGCAGCAGAUUAACAGUGAAGGUCCAUCGAAACGAAAACACUCCGAGGUCGAGUCAUCCUCCCCGAGCGUUGAGAUUGAUAACGGGCCCAUUAAUAUUCCCUCAGACGACACGCCAGCUCGUGAUGUCCCGCAGCUGGGGACGUUGCCAUCGCGUUCUGAUUCAUUAGUUCGAAAUUGGUUAGAAUCAACAAAUGUGAGUGAGGAAGAGCGGCGUGAAGAUGAGCGGAUCCAGCUCAAGUUGAUGGAACUCCGCAUCAAGAAAAAGAGAAAUGAAGCAAUCGAGUACGAACUGAAAGCCAAACGUCUUCGAAUGGAGCUCGAGCAGGACGAAAAGGACUUUCAACGGGCAAAAGAGCAGAGCCGGUACUGGAAAGACCUUCCGCUGGAUGCGGAUAAAACGUGA